GAUGUUUCAUGUUACAGAAUACUAUAUAUGACAGAGCAGCAUUGUGUGACAGGUCGACACUUAACAGAGAAAGGAAAUGGAUACUACAGCAAUGAUGGGAUUCCUCAUAAGUGCUGGGAUCCUUUUUCAAAGGUGUGAUGCAGAUGUGAAAUGCAGGGAUGACAAUGGAAACGAAGUGGACUGGUAUAUUUUAUACAAGUUUCCCAAGAGAAUUGGUGAUGGUUUGUCGUAUAUGUACAUGGAUGAGAGCACCAAUGGAUGGAGACACAGCACGGAGACAAUCAACAGUAACUCUGGCACUUUGGCAUAUACCCUGAAACCCCUUCUUGACUUCUACAUAAGAAAGACUGAAGGUUUUGGAUACUUGCUGUACAAUGAUCAGCCUCCAAACUCCUAUGCUGUUUCUGCAUCAUUUGGCCACAGUAAAGGGAUUGUGAUGUUGGACAAACAAACUGGGGUUUGGCUUUCACACAGUACACCAAAAUUUCCAACAUAUCAGCAGAAGAACUUCUGGCCAAAUAAUGGAAAUGAUAACGCUCAAAUAUUUAUGUGUGUUUCUUACGCCUAUGAUCAAUUCAGAGAAAUAGCAUUGCAGCUCAAGUACAUCCAUGCCUACUCUUAUGACUAUGAGAUCCCAAAAACCUUUCACACGGAGCUGAAGUGUGUUGCAGAUCGCAGCUGCUAUCCAAAAAAAGCACCCUGGUCUAGGGGGCAGUGGCUGACUUCAGUGACAGGUCAUAAAUUCCUCAGCUUGGCAAAAUACACACGUUUUGCAGAUGAUCUUUACUCUGGCCUUGUUGCAAACUAUGCAAAGGAGACUCUGUAUGUCAAGAGCUGGGGAAAGAUGCGUCGCCCUCUGAAAUCCAAUUGCAGUAUCAAUUAUCAUGUGAUAAAUGUGAAAGAUGUAAAGCUCCUGGAUUUGGAAGCCUUCAGUAACACUGUGGAUCACUCCAAGUGGUGUGCGACUCAAAGUGGUCUCUUCACCUGCAUCGCUGAUAUGAACAGGGAGAUGUCGCAGAUGGCCAGGGGUGGAGGAGCAAUAUGCACUAAUAAUGCUGUAAUUGGGAAAGCUUUCUAUGACAUGAUCGAAACGUCUGAAGAAUGUUCCAGUUCUUACCACAAUGAGCUGUAAACACUCAUCAGUCUUAACCACAGGUUUUAGAUGCUUCCUUCAGAUCCAUUACAUAUAGUACGUAGCAACUUAAAGGUGACUGCUACUGCUACGCAUCACUUACCUACAUGUACCUAUCUGUCCAAUGCCAUUUUGUGGCAGUGCAAAUAUUUAAAAUAAUACAUCGGCUGAAAUGUGGACUGCCCUCAUCCAUGUUUGUGCUUUACUCUCAACUAAACUGUUUUAGAGGAGUCACUAGAAAACAUGGCCUGCCUCUUUUAUGAAAUCCUAGAUGCCCAAACUCUGAAGUGGUUCUUAAUGCCACUGAGGAAUGUAAGUAUUAAAGCUGGACCUGGGCCUUUAAGAUGCCAGAUGGAAUUAAUUGGAAAUAUGCAAUAAUGUUAGACAACACCCUUUAGAUAUCCUAAUAAAUAUUUGAAACAGAUAUCAUGGAUAAGUUUAACAGCAACUGACUGAGUAACUGAUUAUAUUAAGCAGUGAGGGUUAAUCUUAUUUUUGAAAUCACUCACUGGAUCAGAUGUUUUUAUGAAAUUGAGUUAUAUAUAGUAUCAAAUAGCAAGUUUUUUUUUUUUUUUUUUUUUUAAUCACUCUAUGAAGUCUACAUAGGUUCUCUCCAGGUACUCCAGUUUCCUCCCACCAUCCAAAGACAUAAAUUGGCUAAAGGUGUGAGUGUGAGUGGUUGUCUGUCUCCUGUGUUAGCCCUGUGAUGGACUGGAGACCUGUGCAGAGACUACCCUGCGUCUCGCAAAGACAUGUCACAAGUUCCUGUUCACACCACCAUGUCACCCCAUCAUACUUAAAGCAACCGCAACAGCAACUCCUUUACCCUGAUAUAAUACACAUACAGCAUAACAAGUCAGAUGAAAGGAGGAGCAAUGUAUUAUUGCUAUUACUGCUGUAAAUUGUAAUAUGGUAUUUAGUCAAAUAAAUGUA